AUGGUGACCUCAAUCGACUACGCCGCCUUCCCGCACAUCUUCAUGCAAGUGUUGCGCCACUGCGACCUAGCUACCCAGAAGACGUUGCGCCUGCUUUCUUCUUCUGCGAAGGCAGACAUCGACCGGGACCAUUGUCACUCCCUGUACAUCUCCGUGAAAGGUCGUAAGCUGAGUCUACUCUCAUUGCUUGUGGGGACGGACCGAGUCAUCAUCAUCCCGCCGCUGCUCACACUGUGGGAUGGGCAGAUCUUGACUCAAUUCCCGCAAAAUGAACGCGUUGUCUUUGCGCUGAACAAUGCGCGCAGCCUGCUCACGCGGGACAACGAGCUGGUCAGGCUGUACAGGGUGGAGAAUGUGGAAAGCUCCGACGACACAGGAGGGACUGAACCCCUCGUCUCCAACCUAUUGAACAUGCAUCUACGGCCAGACUGUACCGUCUCGCUCUUUCACGACCCCGUCUUUGCGGAGCCAAACUGUACCGUCUCGCUCUCGCACGACCCCGCCUCUGCAGACCGAAACUCUUACUCAGAGCGCCGAAUCCAGCUCCCGCCCGUGGCUGCCGUGAAUGUCCAGGCUUCCCGCUCUUCACUGCCAUGCCCCUGUGAACCAACACAGACUACACAUGUAAUGCACUCUGCUCGGCAAGUCCGACUCACUGCUGCCGGACAGAAUGCCUCAUUGUGCGGUUUUAUUCUCAACAUGGUGACGCCUACCGUGGAGGACCUCACCCUCGUCGUCGACCAUCCCGACAACGCCGCCUCGUUUUUCGAAGCCACCAAGCACAAACCUCGCAAUCCUAACCUCAAGGUGACGGUCAGGUGCAGGCCAGUGGUGCCUCAGCCGAUCAUGGUGAAGUGCAGCGAGGAAUGGACGGGGAUGUUUCACUGUGUGGUGCACGUCCAACACCAGUAG